CAGAACAAUUCCGGAAUGCUGGAAGUGGCUGACACAGCAUGGCGGGGAGGGAGAGGCCUUGGGGGAAAGAUGGGGCAUAGCGGGAGCAAAAUCGGUUGUUUAGGAAGGGAGUCAGGGAGGGAAGGAAGGGCACCAUGUUGCGAGACGAGUCUUUCUUUAACAAUCAAUAGGGCAGCCAGGACGCGAUGCAGUGAAGACACUUUUGGGCAGCAGCAGCAGAAGCGGGACCGGCGGAAGGGAGCGUACAUAGGCCAGCUACAGACGCUCCAGCACGAGGUGUCGGGCAAGGUGUGGGCAGUGGACGAGGACAAACUCUUCAUUGAGAACUUCACCUUCGACGGCAGGAGUCCUGACACUUUCUUCUGGAUCGGGAACGGCAGCCAACCCAACCCAAAAGGCCACUUGAUUCGCUAUCCGCUAGACUCACCUGACGAGAAGCCGGUUCAGCUUUCCGAAAUGAACGGGCGGGACAUCUUACUGCACCUGCCGCCUCGCCUCAAAAUCACCGACAUGGACUGGUUCUCGGUGUGGUUCCGCAGGUUCACGAUCAACUACGGCCACGUGCACAUCCCUAGCGACCUUGAGCCCCCGAGGAAAAGGGUCUUACCGGAGUUCCAGCGGCUCGCCCACCAGCUGCGCUCCGGGAACAUCACCAUUCUAGACGCGAGGACCUUCUAUAUACCCAACCUGCACUACGACGGCAAGGGGCCUGACGCCUACUUCUGGGUGGGAAAGGGGACCGACCCAGAUCCCAUGGGCCACAAGAUUCCUAACGAGAUGGGCAGCCUGGAUGUCUUACGAGCAUAUGAGGGAGAAGACAUCGAGCUGCAGCUGCCAGAGAACCUGACGGUGUAUGACAUAGACUACCUCGCUGUCUGGUGCGUCGCCUACAAGCAUAACUUCGGUCACGUCCAGAUUCCUCCUGCCGAUGACCUCUGGGUUCCUCCCGCCCUCGGCCAAACGCGCAUUAAGUCGCACAUCGCGCCGCCGGAAUUUGGAAACUGCAGGCAGCUGAGUCCUCACCUGCAGGUGGAGUGGCAAGCAAAGGAGGAGGAGGUGCACGUGCGUCUUACAGCGGUGAUGGGCGAAGACGAGUACAUAGCAUUCGGUCUCUCUCCAAACAAUGUCAGACCGCAGAUGCUGAACAGCGAUAUCGUCAUAGCGUAUUACGAUCACGACGACGGUUCCUUUCACGCCAUAGACUAUACUGUCACGGGCAAGAAGCAGUGCACUGGAAAGAUCGGUGUAUGCCCGGACGAGAGAGUGAACGGCCGGAAUGAUGCCUCCGUCAUUAGUGGAGAAAGAAAGAACGGCGUCACCGUCAUCACUUUCGAGCGUCCUUACAAGACCAGCGAUACCAUGGACAUCCCUAUCUCCCGCGCCUCCGAGCAGCGCACCGUCAUUGCUGCCAUCGGUCCCCUCAGCCCCAGCAAGGAGGCCAGCUACCACGAGGACUUCAUCACUGACAAUCACGUGCAGCUGGACUUUAAAUCAGUGGGAGAUAACACGUGCAACCCAAAGCCCGGGACGGGUCCUGAGUCGCCCCGUUAUCCCCCGUGGGAGCCCAGGGUCCUCCGCGCCAUCACGAAUUUCACUGCCACCAUUGGUCCCACAGGGGGCGACAGAGGCUAUUCACUCGUCACCAGUUAUCGUUCAUGGAAUCUUGCGUGGUGGAUCGAAGACAAGCUUAUCCCUGAAAUCUACGUGGAGCGUGGCCAAACCUACUAUUUCACUGUUCACGGCGGCAAUGACCACAGCGACAUUACGAGGUACCACCCGCUGUACAUCACAUCAUCGCCUGAGGGUGGUUUCAACAUGAAGACUUCAGAGGAACAGGAGAAAGAGCAGAUAUUUGCUGGUGUGGCUUACUCAAAACUCAGAAUGCCGGAGCCCACGGCAGUGGGCAGUCUUUGUCAGUGGAAGCACAUCGGCCAGGAUAUGUGGCAGCAGAGCGAGACUUUCGACACGUACAAAGAUUCAUUAUACAAGUCAUGUGAUAGCGGGCUGCCGGGUUCGUUGGUGUGGACCGUCGCCGAGGACACGCCUGACCUAGUGUACUAUCAGUGCUACAGUCACCGUAACAUGGGUUGGAAGAUUCAUGUGGUGGACAGCGGAUACAAGCAGCCAAGGAAGGGAGACAACGGUGGCGUCUCCCUCAUCUCGUCUCCCUUUGUUCUCCUGUCCUCCUUUAUCCUCCUCUUUUUGCAACCCUCCACCUCAGUUACACUGCUAGCUCUCACGCUUCCACUCAGAUGAAAUUCUUAGUCACCCAUAGCCUACAAAUACCACCCUCCUUCCCUGCCGCCGUCUCCUCGCACUCCAGCACAACCCCACCAUCACUUUCAAGCUCCACGGCUAUUCUGAGAUAAUAAAACACAGCAUAAUGGUAGUUUUGCGUGUG